AUGGAAGGUCAGGUCCCCAAGAAGCGAGGCCGGAAGCCGAAGCCCAAGGAGGAGAAAGACCACCAACAGCCGCAGCAAGGCAAAAUGAAAGAAGGGAAGCGCGGUCAGCACGCUGCUUCGGUUGACGAGAAGUAUACUCAGUGGAAGUCUCUGGUCCCUGUGCUCUACGACUGGCUCGCUAACCACAAUCUCGUCUGGCCUUCCUUAUCUUGCCGAUGGGGUCCUCAGCUUGAGCAAGCUACUUACAAGAAUCGUCAGCGCCUGUAUCUCUCUGAGCAGACUGAUGGUAGUGUUCCAAACACCCUUGUUAUUGCUAAUUGUGAGGUUGUCAAGCCUAGAGUCGCUGCUGCUGAGCACAUAUCUCAGUUUAAUGAAGAAGCACGAUCUCCAUUUGUGAAGAAAUACAAGACCAUUAUACAUCCUGGAGAGGUGAACAGAAUCAGGGAACUUCCGCAGAAUAGCAGGAUAGUGGCUACUCAUACUGACAGCCCUGAUGUUCUAAUAUGGGAUGUAGAAACACAGCCAAACCGACACGCAGUCCUUGGAGCUUCAAAUUCUCGACCUGAUCUGAUAUUGACUGGACACCAAGAGAAUGCAGAAUUUGCUCUGGCAAUGUGUCCAACAGAACCCUUUGUGCUAUCUGGAGGGAAGGAUAAGUCGGUUGUUUUGUGGAGCAUCCAGGACCAUAUCACGUCCUCCGCAUCUGACCCAGCCAGCGGAAAGUCUCCAGGAUCUGGCGGCGGCUCCAUCAUUAAAAGGGAUGGUAAUGAUAAAGCUGUUGAUGGCCCAACUGUAGGACCAAGAGGGAUCUAUCAGGGCCACGACGAUACAGUCGAAGAUGUUGCUUUCUCUCCGUCCAGUGCGCAGGAGUUCUGUAGCGUAGGGGAUGAUUCUUGCCUCAUUUUUUGGGAUGCUCGAGUUGGCACUACCCCUGUUAUCAAGGUUGAAAAAGCUCAAAAUGCUGAUCUUCACUCUGUUGAUUGGAGUCCACAUGACAGUAACUUUAUUCUGACUGGUUCUGCAGACAAUUCUGUUUGCAUGUUUGACCGACGAAGCCUCACCAGUAAUGGAGUUGGCUCACAUGUUCAUAAAUUUGAGGGCCAUAACGCUGCUGUUCUUUGUGUGCAGUGGUGUCCGGACAAGGCAUCUGUCUUUGGAAGUUCUGCCGAGGAUGGGCUCCUAAACAUCUGGGAUUAUGAACAGAUCGGUAAAGAAACAGAUGCAAAGGCCCCAGGAGCUCCUGCUGGAUUGUUUUUCCAGCAUGCUGGGCACAGGGACAAAGUGGUUGACUUCCACUGGAACACACAUGAUCCUUGGACGAUUGUUAGUGUGUCAGAUGACUGUGAGACUAGCGGUGGAGGUGGCACAUUACAGAUAUGGAGGAUGAGUGAUUUGCUGUAUAGGCCAGAGGAGGAAGUAUUGGAGGAACUUCAGACCUUCAAAACCCAUGUGAGCCAAUGCACAGCCAAGAACUGA